GUCACUGCCUGACUCCUCCCUCUUCAGUUCAUCUCAAUUCAGUUUUUUUACUGAGAGAACGACAAACACGACUUCACCCACACAGCGGUUACGGCUCUACGUGCACAUUCUCCGGGGAUUGCUAAGGGAUUUCAAUGUUUGGCCCGUUCUUUCAUUUCUGUGUUGAUUCGGAUCACACAUAUAUGGCGUUUGUGACCAUCUGCGGAGAGUUCUGCCAGGCUCAGCACCUUACCUUCGUGGACAAGUGAAUUGUUAGCCACCCGUGGGACUACGCUACCCAGAAGCCUCCCUGACAGCCAGCACACUGGGCCCAGUCUGUCUCUUCUAUACCCUUUUGUGAUCCCGUGUAGUCCUCAAACACACCCGCCUCACUUCCUCCCUACAGCCUUUUCUCCCUGUAGCCAAUCAGAAACUCUUCUCCUGAAUGGGGUAAUCUCAAUUGUCUCAGUUGGAUGACUGAGGGAUAGUCUCCUUUUUCCUUUUAAUUUUCUCAUCCCUUUUUUUAAUGCAUCCUUUGAACAUUGUGGACUAGAUCACCCUCAUUUUGACUUUAGUUUGAACUUCUAGUAGUCUAGUGUCCACCCUCCAUUGCACCCAAUAUAUAUAUUUUUUGUCUAUUUAUUUUUUCAUACUGCUGAAAACUGAGCCAAAGAUUUUUUUAAAGAAACAAAGGAACAGGAAUUAUAAGUACUUCAUUGUAAUUGUUUUAAAGACGUCUUGCCAACAUGAACCGCCCUGCCGCUGUUGAGAUUUCCUAUGACUGCAUGAGAUUCCUCAUCACACACAACCCCACCAACUCCACUCUCAACAAGUUCACUGAGGAGCUGAAGAAGUUUGGGGUGAACACACUGGUCAGAGUAUGUGAAGCCACCUAUGACAAAGCACCAGUGGAGAAGGAGGGCAUACAGGUCCUGGACUGGCCCUUUGACGACGGAGCUCCACCCCCAACCCAGAUUGUAGAUGAUUGGUUAAACCUGCUGAAGACUAAGUUCAGAGAGGAGCCAAAAUGCUGCGUUGCUGUUCACUGUGUUGCAGGGUUGGGCCGAGCACCUGUACUGGUGGCUUUAGCCUUAAUUGAGUGUGGAAUGAAGUAUGAAGAUGCGGUGCAGUUUAUAAGACAGAAGAGACGUGGAGCCUUCAACUCCAAACAGCUUCUUUACCUUGAAAAAUACAGACCCAAGAUGCGUCUGCGGUUCAAGGAUCCCAACGGUCCCAACUGCUGUGUCCAGUAAUGUGUCAUUCUGUCAGUCAUACAAAACAACAGUGGAAAGUUGAACCAGGGUAAAAGGGAGCAAAAGCUGUGGGGUAUAAUUGUGGUGAUUUUAUCAAAUGAAUCAUGGCUAAUCGAUGACAGAGAUGUAAUGAAUGAUAGCUAAUCUAUGGAUUCACCAGCAGUAUCAGUGAGAAGGGUCAAAGCACACAGAUGAGCCCACAACCUGGUUGGUUAACCAGCGUUGACAGUCAUGGGCAAGAAUAUACACAAGUUCCCCUGAUUUCCCACAUUUCCAAUCAUUUGAUGACUUUUUAUUUUGUGUUAUUUCGGAACGAGUACUUUGAACCAUGAUGAAAAGAUUUACAUUUGCUGUCAGUUGAUUUUUAUUAAGACUUUUAUUGUUUGGCAUGUUCCUUUUGUCUUUUUUUUUUCUUUUUCUUUUUUUUGUAAUAAUUUCCACACACAGUAGCCAAUUUUGUUACAGAAACAACUCUGAAGUAUUUUUGCACAAAACAACAUUUUAAAGAAGUUCCUCUCCAAUGCAGCAAUUGCCCCCUUUGAAAUCACUUUUAAUUUAGGGUUAGCCUAGGUUUUAAAUAUGUCAGCUGUAUUUAUUCACUAUAAUUAGUGUGUCUUGUCAGGAGUGUGGUUGGGGUUAGGACACUUUUCUUUCUUUUCGUGGAGCCAUGUUAUUUUCUCUCAUAAUCUUUAUCUCUGGGGAGUGCAAUAUUCAGUCCAGCUUAGAAAAGCCCUCACCCUUAGGACCGUCCUACAUCCAAAUUCAAAUACAGGAAGAUACUUGGCUUGUCGUAGGUACUCACUUUCUAUAGCUACUUUUUCUGGCUGCUCAGUAAAAAGCUUUAUUUGUUGGCCUGGCUGUGACACCCACACAUAAAGUGUACACUUUAUCUGUCACCCCACUGUUCAGCCCAUAGACACACUGAAGGAAGUGAGAGACGGGAGACUAGUCAGCUCUGGGUUUAUUUAAUUAAACUUUUUUUAUUAUUAUUAUUAUUAUUUUUCUUUUAAUCACUGUGCCCAUUUUGAAAACACCCCCACUUCAUCUUGGUUUGAAGACAAAUAAAUGCAUUGAAAAUGA